CUCAAAUUUCUACCCUGGAGCCGGCAGAGCACUGAUUAAAUCUUCGGAGCCUGCAAAACAAGUCAGACCUUUACAUUGUGGGGCUUGAGUACUGUGUUUAGCAACGGAAACGUGAUUCACACAGGACAACAGAAACCUCAGGCAACAGAGAAGCACUCAGUGGUUAGGAGAGGGCUGUGUGGCCGAUAUGACAGCAGCACAAACAAAGGACCAGGACUGUUUGGCCAUUGAUGGCAGCUUGUGGAAGUGCUCCUCCUGUGUGAAGCAGACAUUGAGAGGCUGCAAGGGAUAUCUUUAUAUUCAGUACUGUGGACAUCUCUCAUUGGUGGACAUCAAAAUCAUCCCAGCUAUAUAAUGUUGAAACAGAACAAGAGCUUAAAGGUCAUCAAAUCCAGCUCGCACGGUUUUCUGUUGAAGGUGUAGGGGCUCAGACCCAGCCUGUGAGUUGCUUGAGGCCAGAGGAGCUCACGGUGAUGACAGAGUCCGCUCAGCCUGAAGGAAUGCUGAACACAGAUGUUCUGCCUUUAAAGAUCGGCCCAACCUAACCACCUUGCUAAGCAAUAGCUGACUUUAUUGGUUGUGGCUUAAUUUCCAUGGUCAUUCGUUUUUGGGUGGCUGAGGGUAAAAUGUUACUAGAAGAGAAAUGAAAUGAUUGUGGACUAAACCCUCCCCCGACUCUGAGAACUUCCUGCUUUCUGUUCAUCAAUAAUGAAUCUUCAUCCCUGCAGUCCUCCGAGGGAGCUUACACUGCACUUUUGAGCAGCCCGUUAGUAAUGUGCAGUGGAUAGAGCCUUUCUUUCAAAUCCCAGGGCAGCAGGUCCUUGAAGGCUAGCAUUGCAUUUUCAAUUAGCUGCUGAGUGAAUGCUUGGCAUGUGUAUUAGUGAAGAGGCACACAAUUAGUUUAUUGUUCCUCUCCGUAUUGUGCUGAGAGGAACCCAAGGACUGGUGGGGGAACAGGCAAGCCGGGCACUGCUGUGGAUGGUGAAGAAGGGACCUCCUCAGACCUUGGCAUCUUCACUUGCUUAGUCUGGAAUCACAGCUGUUUAUUACAAAGCACCGUGUGUGCUGCGGUGGAGUGUGGGCGAGGGACACAGCGGAUCCCACUUGGGGUUAGCUUUCCGGAGCUCUUUCCAUCAUUGACUAAUUCUCAUCGUUAUCAUGGAGCCAAACAGCCCCAAAAAGAUACAGUUUGCUGUACCCCUAUUUCAGAGUCAGAUUGCACCCGAGGCCGCAGAACAGAUCAGGAAAAGAAGACCCACACCAGCAUCACUUGUGAUUCUCAAUGAACAUAAUCCCCCAGAAAUAGAUGACAAGCGGGUGACCAACACACAGGGAGAACCGCAGAACGCAUCCCCCAAGCAGAGGAAACAGAGCGUGUACACACCACCCGCCAUGAAAGGAGUCAAACACCUGAAAGGCCAGAAUGAAUCAGCAUUCCCCGAAGAAGAAGAAGGAGCAAAUGAAAGAGGAGAGCCAUGGGACCAUUGAGGUCCAGUCUGCAUCAGGAAGGCCUCUUGGAGAUAACUGAACUGCUCAUUUUUCGGACUAUCCCAAGAAGCCCACGGCCUGCACAUCAGAAGCGUUCUCCAUCUCUGCACUGCACCUGCUCGCCGCAGUAGCACAGCUCCUGGGAGCCCUCGACCCCUGAACUCUAGAACUAAGUACCAUGUGCUCCAUACCACUUCUAAUUAAGCAGUGAGCAUUUAUUUUAUAGGGAUUUUCUUUUGAAAUUUGCAAACGUGUGAGUGUUCUAACUUUAAUACUGCCAGAGCUUAAUCCCUUAUAUCCUACUGAUAGGGUAUGUAUUCUAGAGUCAAGUGUAAAUAGCAUCACUUUAACAGUAAAGCACACAUAUUUAAUAUACUUAGACAUGAGUGUGUAUGGGGGGUUAACUUAAAGAAGAAUGUCUAGUGGAACUUCUCAGGCUGUUAUGUUUCUGUAUAUAGAACUGGAAGCAGAGUUUAUUUCAAAAAGACGAAGAAGAAAUGUUGAUGUUCAUGAUUGGAAUCCCUGUAACAACAGAUAUUAAACAUUUUACCCCUUCAACUGCCCGCUGAUGGUUACCUAAAGAACCAUAGAACUCUCACUUUCUAGGUUGUGCAAAUAUAUUUCAAAGCAUUCAAUCUUGUUAUUUAGAAAGA